AUGGCUACCGCCCAAGGCCCGAGUGGUAUACAGCAGCAGUACUGCUCGAACCAGAAUACCGGUUCAGGGUUCUCACCAGUGUACAGCAUCUACCAGUCUAUGGGGUCAUGCUCGAAGACUUGUAGGAGCCAAUAUGCCUUUGCGAUUGUAAAAGGCAAGGACUGUUGGUGUUCCGACUAUACCCCCUCUCAGCAGGCAGACACCGGAGACUGUGAUUCCACUUGUCCUGGCUAUCCUGACGACUACUGCGGCAACCCCGGCCGUGGCAUGUUUGGAUAUAUCCCCUUGGACAAGCAACCUUCUGGGACGGCCGGCGCGAGCUCCUCGCAGCCGGAGAGCACGUCUGCAACUUCUGAUCCACCGAGCUCUGAUCCACCCAGUUCCAGUCCGCCAACCUCGAGCUCACCACCGCCCUCACCGACUUCGAGCCCCGAACCCCAGACGAGCUAUGUGAGUAUCCAAACGACGGUGACGAGCGUCAAGACGAAGAAGCCUGAAGUGGUAACGUCUUAUGUCACACCUACACCACCAUCGAUCAGCUCGUCGCCGCCACCUCCGGCCUCUUCAUCGUCUAGCGAUUCUUCAUCGAGCGAAUCUUCAUCGAGCGAAUCUCCAUCGAGCGAAUCUCCAUCGAGCGAAUCUCCAUCGAGCGAAUCUCCAUCGAGCGAAUCUUCGUCGAGCGAUCCUCCUUCGAGCUCGGACCCAUCGUCUUCUACAUCAUCUACCCGAACCAUGACUCCUGUCGUUCACACCAGUGUCAUCACCAGGUCUGGAUCUGUUGUGACCCAAACCGUCACCACUACUCCUGUCGUUGUUGGCGGCGGGGGUGACGACUCGCCAGCUCAAUCGCAACAACUCCAAAAGAAAGCCGGCUUGUCGUCUGGCGCCAUCGCUGGCAUUGUCAUUGGCACUCUCGUCGGCUUGGGCGCACUCAUUCUAGCUGCCUUCUGCCUCUACCGCCGCCGCAAGAACACCGACAAUGAGGCCAACCCCACCUCGCGACCUAAGCGGACUACCAGCGUUCUCAGCCGCACCGGUCUGCUGUCUCGCGGUCGCCCACAGAGCAUGGCCGAAAUCCAUGAGGAUCCCUUCACUGGUGGUGGCAAUAGCAUCCGCCACUCCGCGAUGAUGGGCGCUGGCGCAACCGUCGAGCCUAGUAGCCCGCUCGGCGGCAGCCAGAACAACCUCUCCGACUCUGCACGAAGAUCCAGCAGGCCGAUGGUGUACGAUCAGCGACUGAACCCGUCGGCGCUGUUUGCGAACCAAGAGGCGAAUGGAAGCAGAAUAUCGAUACAAGAUCAACAAGAUUACAGUCGGCCGCUUGGGGUCGCCAAUCCGGACUACCGACCCAGUUUCGAUUCACGGUGA